AAAAAAGAGAGAGAGAGAGAGAGAGAGAGAGGGGGAGGGAGGAGGGGGGAGAAGGAGCGCCUGUCACACACUUUACAGUCUAAGUGUGAUGCUGUGUGACUGGUUUUCUGUGGAGACAGCGGGCAACACGAUUCCAGCAGCUCCCUUCUCGCGCCGAAGAAGGGCUCCUCACGUGCAUUUGCGGCUGCUGCAUUCCCGACACACGGUCCACGGGAUUUCCGAGGGAAUUAGGAUCACUUAGGCAGUCCUGGAUUGGGCACCGAGGGAUCUGCGAUGAUCUCCGUCUGGAGGCGGCAUGGCAUGGCUCCGUGGGGGCUCUGCUGCCUUUUCCUCGCGCUUUGGAGGCUCGGCGGCGCGUGCCCCGCGUUCUGCUCGUGCAGCAGCGCGAGGAUUUCGUGCGUGGGCCAAGAGCGAGGAGGAAUCGUCGCUUUUCCCGUUAUGCAGCCCGCGAGUGACAUGGAGAACAUCACAGAAAUAUAUAUUGCAAAUCAAAGUAACUUCCAAUCCAUCAACGAUAUGGACUUGAAGUUCUAUAGGAACCUUCGGAAUUUAACUGUGACAAAUACUAGUUUGACCCAUGUGUCUCGCCUGGCCUUUCACAACAACGCCAAACUGCAAUAUCUGAAUCUAAAAGACAACAAGCUGUCCACGCUGUCAUGGAAGAUUUUUCGCCAUUUGAACAUAUCAUAUCUCAUCCUGACAGGGAACCGCCUGCGGUGCUCUUGUGAAAACAUGUGGAUCCGUCUGUGGCUGGGGGACGAGGCCGACAGCCAGGAGCUGCGAUGCCUGGAAGACAGUGGGGGAGAGAAGCCCCUCUUGCAGUUCUCCCCACCCAACUGCAUGGCUCCCAUGGCAACCCUGAGCCCUUCAAAAGUAACAGUAAUCAAGGGUGAAGACGUGGUGCUGGAGUGCAAUGCCUCCGGAGCGCCCCCUCCCGAGCUUGUUUGGAAUUUCAGCAGCAUAGUUUCCAUUAAAAAGGUGAACGACUUUGAGCAGCGCUCGCAAUUACAUCUGUACAACGUCUCUCCUCUCGACAAUGGCCAUAAGAUAACCUGCAGCGUCGAGAACAUUGUUGGGGAAAAUGAGUCCUCUGUACUGCUGAACAUUUUCUUUGCUCCGAAUAUAACCAAGCUUAUGGACGCAGUAUCGGACCACCACUGGUGCAUCCCCUUCAGCGUGGCCGGGAACCCGCAGCCGGAGCUGCGCUGGCUGUUUAACGGGGUGGAGCUGGCAGAAGACGAAUAUAUCCAAACCAUGAUCCACGAGUAUGCCGAUGGCGAGUUCCACGGAUGCCUGCAGCUGGACAACCCGACACAUCUCAACAACGGCCAGUACACCCUGGUGGCCCAAAACAAGUUUGGCGAAGACAAGAUGUCCAUCGACGCACAUUUCAUGCGUAGGCCGUGGGAUGGACUGGUGACUGAACCCGUCUACUAUGAUCCGACCACGGAAGAUACGCCUGUUGAUCCAGAAAAUGAAGACAGCGUUGCUGUGUACGUGGUCGUUGGAAUUGCGGCCGUGGCCUUCACCGGGUUCAUCCUGAUGCUGGUCCUCCUCAAAUUUGGGAGAAAUUCAAAGUUUGGAAUCAAAGGGCCCUCUUCAGUUAUCAGCAAUGACGACGACUCCGCGAGCCCUCUUCAUCACGUGUCCAACGGCAGCAACACGCCCUCUUCUUCAGAGAUGGGCCCCGAUGCGGUCAUUAUCGGAAUGACCAAGAUCCCCGUCAUCGAGAACCCACAGUACUUCCGCAGCACCAGCAGCCUGCUCAAGUCUGACACUUUUGUUCAGCACAUCAAGCGCCACAACAUUGUCUUGAAGCGGGAGCUUGGGGAGGGGGCCUUUGGGAAGGUCUUCCUAGCCGAGUGUUACAACCUGUCUCCGGACCAGGACAAGAUCCUAGUGGCUGUGAAGACACUGAAGGAGGCCAGUGAGAACGCCCGCAAGGACUUCCACCGUGAGGCAGAGCUCUUAACCAACCUGCAGCACGAACACAUUGUCACCUUCUAUGGCGUAUGUGUGGAGGGAGAACCCCUCAUAAUGGUGUUCGAGUACAUGAAGCACGGAGACCUCAAUAAGUUCCUUAGGGCUCAUGGCCCGGAUGCAGUGUUGAUGGCGGACGGCCAGAACAACCGGCCAGUGGAACUCACACUGUCCCAGAUGCUCCACAUCGCCCAGCAGAUUGCGGCAGGCAUGGUAUACCUUGCCUCGCAGCACUUUGUUCACCGCGACCUCGCCACACGCAACUGCCUGGUGGGCGAGAACCUGCUGGUGAAGAUCGGAGACUUCGGCAUGUCCCGGGACGUGUACAGCACUGACUACUACCGGGUGGGAGGACAUACCAUGCUGCCCAUUCGCUGGAUGCCCCCGGAGAGUAUCAUGUACAGAAAGUUCACCACUGAGAGUGAUGUAUGGAGUCUGGGUGUGGUCCUCUGGGAGAUCUUCACCUAUGGGAAACAGCCCUGGUACCAGCUCUCCAACAAUGAGGUGAUUGAGUGCAUCACCCAGGGUCGAGUCCUUCAGCGACCACGCACCUGCCCCAAGGAGGUCUAUGACCUGAUGCUGGGCUGCUGGCAGAGGGAGCCCCACGUGAGGCUCAAUAUCAAGGAGAUCCACACUAUGCUGCAGAACCUGGCAAAGGCAUCUCCCGUCUACUUGGACAUCUUGGGUUGACCUUGCAGUCGCCACCCCCGGCGCGCGCGCCACGUGCGUGUACAGGCGUGCGCGCUCGCCCCUCCCUGCGUGUAUGAGAGCGGCGUAUGCUAGAAGCUGUGUGUGCGUACAAGAAUAAGGGCCGUGUGUGUGUUUGCGUGUUGCAUGCGUGAGAGUGCAUGUGUGCGUCACCGCGAUCCCGCUCUCGACUCUGACGGUACUGUCGAGGAAGACGACGAGAAGGUUGGAGCCACACACAGCCCACCCCAGCACAUUUCUGACCCCCGCUCACCCCUACUUCCUGUCUCCGUCCCUCCGCGUUCGGGAUCCUCGCUCUCUAUCGGUCUGUCCCUGUAUUCAGUAUUCCCUCUCUCCACCUCUCUGUGUUCGGUAUCCCUCUUGCUUUUGUACAUUAUGGAUUGCCAUAGACUAAACGCCUUACCUGUAUGUCUGACUGUGCUUUCUUUUCUUCGUUUCUACUCGCUUCCUUCCUUUGAAGACGUUCCUAUCCCUCCUUUUAAAUGAAGAUGACCCUCUUCUGUCCUUGCCAGGAUGAACAAAGGGAAACAGACUUUCGCAAUCUGCUGUAAAUACCCUCUGUCACAGAGUGUCGUUCAAAGCUCAGCCCUGUUUUUUUCACCUCCGGUUACAGAGGACUUGGUGAAGCUCUCAUGUUUUCGUGCGAUGUAACAAAGACGGAAGCGAGCGAAUGCCGCGAUGCCUCGCAGGAGGAGAGGAGCAUCGCUUAGCUUCGCGUCCAGGAUUGCGAGGGCGGGGCUUCGCCGAAAGCCACCCGGAGCUUCGGUAUUAGUUGGUUGGUUCUGUUCUUUCUUUUCCAGCCUUGGGUGCUCUUGCCCUGAAGCAAUCUCGUGCGAAAUCAAAUGUAAAUGACCGAAGCAGGAGAAAAUCGUCGAGUCAUUAUGUUUUGAAGCACUGUCAUUAUACAUGUACGAGGGUGGGGAGGCCUCACAUUCGCUGACAAUCACGGUGUGAAUUACGGGCCUCUAAUGCACAUAUUUAUUUCAGGGUUCGCUACAAGACUGAGGGACCUCCAUACGGUAGGGAUGUAAAUGUCCCGAGAAAUUACCCAAAUCGCGUCCUUAUCACAGUGCGACUUUUAGUUGCUUAAUGACCCUUGCAGUAUUUUGUGGGCUUAAAAUUAAAUUCCGCAUGUUUUUUUGUCCACUACUUGAGUAAUGUAGCCGUUUAAGAACAGAGCAAGCUCUCUGUAAUGGUGUAAUGUAUAUUUCAUUAAGGAGGCUAAUGCAGACCAUUAGCCGAGCGCAGAUUUGAUGGGGUGAUAGAAACUCUGCAACAUGGACGUUUAAGAUUUAUUGUUUUAUGGGAAAAGAAACGGGACUGGAUCUCUCCGGAGACUGGGAGAUGGGAUUUAUUAGUGUUUGAUUUAUACUGUUUGGAACCCCCCCCCCUCCCCCUCCCUUUUUUUUUUACACUUCAGCCAUCAAUGCUUUUGGUUUUCCAUAGUCGGGAAAUCUCAGUGGCCUGCAGCAUACACCAAACAGCUGUGGCAACACACACACACACACACACACACACACACAAAUAACCACAUAACACACACACGACACGCAAACAUCUCUUGCUGAAAUUUUAUUGGGCCAUUGAGAGACUGAAAUGAAAACUGACGGAAUGAGUUGUGUGGAAAAAAAACCAAACGGUAGAAUUUAUUUUCUGGAUGUUAUUGCCAUUGUAACAUAGUUUUAUAUCAUCCUUUAAUUUUCUUCC